ACUCAGUAGCUGGGUGCUAGGUACCUUUUGCUAGCUGGAGUUGGUCGUCUGAGGAGCGCCUUCUUUUUCUCGGAUGCUUGGGGAAAGGAGAAGUUUCAUAAAUCUCAACAUUGGGGCUUUUGCAACAAUGUUAGAAUGCUGGUGAGUGAAGAGAAGCCUGGAAUAGGUGGAGAACCACUUAUUGGGCAAAAAGUGAAGACUAAAUACAGGAUAUAUCCGAAAGGAGAAGGAACUGAUGUACCGUCAUGGGUAGCUUUUGAUAGACAGGUUCUAUGUUUUGAUGCCUAUUUGGAAGACAAAGUGCGUGAUAAAAGCCAAGAAAUAUAUAGGAUCAGAUUCUAUAAAAUCUACUUCUACCCCGAAGAUGACACAAUCGAAGUAUAUGAACCUCAAGUGAAAAAUAGCGGACUGCCUCAAGGGACUUUUAUUCGGCGUCAUCGGAUUUCUCUCCCCCCUCCAAAUGAUGAUCAGUUUUAUACUGUGUGUGAUUUCAAUAUCAACAUUGACAUCAUCUUCUAUGGCUGGACAUUCAAGAUUUAUGAUUGUGAUAAAUUCACAAAAAAUUUUUUGAGAAAAAUAGGAGUCAAAUUAAAUCCCCCAGGACAGUGUCCACAAGAUCCAUAUUUGAAGAUGCGGAAAGAGACAUUGGAGCAUGUGGAGCCCCUUCGUCCCUAUGAAUCCUUUGACACCCGGAGACAGUUUUUGGAGUACAAUGGGAAAGUUUUGCGUUUCUUCUGCUUGUGGGAUGAUUCAGGCUCAUUGUUUGGGGAACGUAGAGAACUCGUCCUGCAUUAUUUCUUGUCUGAUGAUACUGUUGAAAUCAAAGAAAUAUUGCCAGAGAACUCAGGCCGGGAUGCUAAGUUGUUCUUCCUCCGGAGGAGUAAACUACCCAAGUAUGGCCCACCUGGACUCCAUCAGCCAGGCCAGAUAACAGAUCGUUCAGUUCUCAAUGUGUUUGGUGGCUUGUCCAACAAGCAGAUGUAUAGUUACAUGUUGGAUAAAUACAAGCUGGGAAAAAUAGACCAAGCAUUUUACAAGGAUAGUGACCUGUUUUUAGGAGCCACCAUCAAUGUGUGGGGAAGGAAAGUGGUCCUCUGUGACUGUGAUGAAUUUACAAAGUCUUAUUAUAAGACUAAAUAUGGAAUCGAGAACUUUACCUCCAUUUCAUACAAGCCUCGUCCUCCUCCAAAAAUAGAAAGGAAAUUUCCACCUUACACGGGCUUUGGGUCUGAGGAGGAUUCUCUCCGUUCCUGUCUGUCCCUCAAGCCUGUGCCUUACCAGAAGUUCUCAAAAGAAGACAGCUAUGGCAACAUAGGCAAUAUACUCCGUUUCUUUGCAAGACUAAUCACAGCCAAAUGUGCUGAUGCAGACAGGAAGUUCAUUAUUUCAUAUUUUCUCAACGAUGGCACACUUUCGGUGUUUGAACCGAUAGAGAGGAAUUCAGGUUACACUGGUGGGCUGUUCCUGAAAAGAAGUCGUGUGAAGAAGUUUGGGCAAGAAGUCUUUAAAAGUGAGCUCUCAGAAUAUAUCAAGGUCCAGGACCUGUAUGUUGGAGCCAAAGUGAACGUGAAUGGCAACCUAUUUGUGUUGCUCAAUGCUGAUGAGUACACCUUAAACUACAUGGAGAAGAAUGUAGACAGGUUCCCAUUUAGCAGUAUUGAACUUGCCCUACAAAAGCUGAAAGAAGAAGAAUCAAAAUCAACAAAGAUCAGGCAGGUAUUUUCAGCUACUGACUGUAACCACACAAAGAUGGUGGAUUUUAAUACAUUCAGAGACCUGUUGUUGGAUAUAACUGUCAAUAGGCUCACAGACCAGGAGAUUUUAACCAUUGCACGUCACUACCGUGUCCCUGCGGACAUGGGUUCAGAUGGGAAUCUCUUAAUUGCACAGGCUCAAGAAAAGCUCAAGAAAAAUAUGUUUGAGCAUUUUGACAGACUCAUUUCUAGCUGUGUGUAUGAAGAUCGAAAAAAAAAAAAUGUAUUGCCCAGUAGAGACAUCAAAAGGCUCUGCAAGUCCCACAGGUUUCCUUUGACUGAUGAUCUUCUGGAAAACUUACUGUCCAGGUUUGAGGACAGUGAAGGACAAAUAAAUUAUAAAUCAUUUUUCCUUGCCCUGAACUGGAGAAUGAAUCCAAUGUCGGAAUUAGAAGCCCUGGAUUACAUUAAAGAGGCAAAAUUGCUUAGUGCCUUCAUCUGAUUUCCUCUUGAAGCAGACUUGGAGACAAGGAUUUGAGCGUGAGUAAUUUGGGGGAGGGACGUGAAAGGAACACUGGUAAGGGAUUAGAGUGAGAAAGGGAAAGGAGGCAGCUACUAAAGGGCAUAUUAUCAAACUACUUACAGAUGUGGAUGACAGAAGCUUAAUGCUGCUUGGAAAGACUGGGAUCUAGGGGCCAGCAUAUGCCUCAGAGAUAUUAUACCCAAAGUGAAAGGAAGCUGCAAUAUUCAUCUGUUAAUUCCCUUUAGUCAUUGGUUGAAGGCUGCUCUUGAAGUGGAAGAAAGGAAAUAAUUCCCUGGCACUUGUCACUUGCCACAGGGGCAGGAAAAGUGGGCCCCAAGUGCUAAAGAGAAGCUCAAUGGCAAAUGAAUGCAAAUGCCAGCCAUUGAAAGUUGGGCUGGUGAGAAGAUGGGAAGGGAGACUUGUAGAGCCUGUGACAUGAAGAUAGUUAGGACUCCAAACACACACUGCCAAGCUUCUGUCCUGCCCCCGUAGGCCCAUCCCAUUGGUUUCACCUCAUCUACAAUGGGAGGGAUCAACUUCUAUGGGAUGAGCCCUCCUGUUGUAGAAUUACCAGUUAUAUCUACUUUGAAACUUAUGUAUGGGCUGGAGAUGCAGCACAGUGGUAGAGAACUGACUGAGCAUGCGAAAAGUCCUGGGUUCCAUUCUUAGCACUACAAAAAUUUACAUGUGCUGGAAAAACCAUAUGAUCUAGUUUUCUUUGCAUUUUAUAAUGUAGAAUGAAUAAAAGCUCAAUAUUUUAACUCACUGCCCAGAUAUAUGACCUCUGGAACACUUGAUUUAUUAGAAAGAAUAAUUAGUAGCCA